GGUGAGCAGCAGGAGAAGAAGCUCCGCUCGGAGGUGUUUUGAAGCUGAAACUUCCGUGAGCUGAAAUCAGCUGUUUGUUUUUGAACCUUUGACCUUUCUUCCGCUCUCAGAUGCUGCGGGAUAGGAUUUUUAUUUUCAGCGCGAACAGGAGGUCCGAAGUGUAAGGUUUCUGACCUUUGACCUCAAACGGACGAGUCGGAAGCGACUCACCGACGUUAGCAGUUAGCAGUUGGAGCUAACCGGUCCGCUCGCCCUUCUGCCGCCAGAAGAUAUUCAUCCGGAGCCUGGCGCUGACAGUCUACCAGCUGGGACCUCUGCGCGUUUCCUCCGGGGCUGCAGGGGAGUAGAGACCCGUUUCAUGCCACCCCCGCGGCCGAUUUGGACUCUUUAAUGGGAGGCGGGUCGCUUCGGGGGAUCGGACGCUGCCAGAUUGGAAGAACGCGGAGCUCCUGGCCUCCUCUCGGGCUCUCAUGGAGUCCCUGGCCGGGUAUGUGUACAAGGCGGCCAGCGAGGGCCGAGUCCUGACCCUGGCCGCACUGCUGCUGAACCACUCCGAGGCGGAGACGCAGUUCCUGCUGAGCUACGUGACCCACCUGAGCGGCCAGAGGUCAACCCCGCUGAUCAUCGCGGCGCGGAACGGCCACGACAAAGUGGUCCGGCUCCUCCUGGACCACUACAGGGUGGACACGGAGCAGACCGGCACGGUUCGGUUUGACGGCUAUGUCAUCGAUGGUGCCACAGCGCUAUGGUGUGCAGCCGGCGCAGGACACUUUGAGGUGGUGCGUCUCUUGGUGAGUCACCACGCCAACGUCAACCACACCACCAUCACUAACUCUACCCCCCUGCGGGCUGCCUGCUUUGACGGGCGCCUGGACAUUGUUCGCUACUUAGUGGAGCACAAUGCUGACAUCAGCAUCACCAACAAGUUUAACAACACCUGCCUGAUGAUCGCCGCCUACAAAGGCCACACGGAUGUGGUGAGGUUCCUGUUGGAGAAGGGGGCAAACCCCAACGCCAAGGCCCACUGCGGCGCCACUGCACUGCACUUUGCAGCUGAGGCAGGGCACCUAGAAAUUGUCAAAGAGCUGAUGCAUUGCCAGGCAGCCAUGGUGGUGAACGGGCACGGCAUGACACCACUGAAAGUCGCUGCAGAGAGCUGUAAGGCUGAUGUGGUUGAUCUGCUGCUGGCACAUGCCGACUGCGACCCUCACAGCCGCAUCGAGGCCCUGGAGCUACUGGGUGCCUCUUUUGCCAACGACAGGGAGAACUACGACAUACAGAGGACAUACCACUACCUUUACAUGGCCAUGAUGGAGCGCUACCGCAACCCAGACAACAUCAUCACCAAGGAGCUGCUUCCGCCCAUUGAGGCUUAUGGAGGGCGCCGGGAGUGUCGAACGCUGCAGGACCUAGAGGCCAUCAGAGUGGAUCGUGAUGCUCUGCACAUGGAGGGACUGAUGAUUCGGGAACGGAUUCUGGGCUCGGACAAUAUUGACGUAUCGCAUCCAAUAAUCUACCGUGGCGCCGUCUACGCUGACAACAUGGAGUUUGAACAGUGCAUCAAGCUGUGGCUGCAUGCGCUCCACCUGCGGCAGAAAGGAAACCGGAAUACACAUAAGGAUCUGCUGCGCUUUGCCCAGGUGUUCUCGCAGAUGGUCCACCUGAAGGAGCAUGUGUCGGCCGCCGCAGUUGAGCAGGUGCUGGGUUGCAGUGUGCUGGAGAUUCAGCGCAGCAUGGCUCGUGUGGAGGCUGCUGCCGAGUCCGAGCUGCCGCAGGCCAUGGACAAUUAUGAGUCAAAUGUAUUCACCUUCCUGUACCUGGCGUGCAUCUCCACCAAAACCACCUGCAGUGACGAAGAGCGCGCCGCCAUCAACAAGCACAUCUACAACUUGAUCCAGCUGGACCCACGUUCACGUGAGGGCUCCUCGCUGCUCCACCUUGCCAUCAGCUCUACAACGCCGGUCGACGACUUCCACACCAAUGAUGUGUGCAGCUUUCCCAACGCGCAGGUCACCAAGCUGCUGAUUGAUUGCGGGGCGCAAGUCAAUGCCGUUGACAAUGAGGGAAACACACCGCUGCACGUCAUCGUCCAGUACAACCGGCCCAUCAGCGACUUCCUCACACUGCACGCUAUCAUCAUCAACCUGGUGGAGGCCGGUGCGCACACGGACAUGACCAACAAACAGAAAAAGACGCCGCUGGACAAGAGCACGACGGGUGUGUCGGAAAUCCUGCUGAAGACGCAGAUGAAGAUGAGCCUGAAGUGCCUGGCGGCACGCGCCGUCCGGCAACACCAGAUCACCUACCGCAACCAGAUCCCCAAAACACUCGAGGAAUUCGUGGAGUUCCACUGAAGUGGAAUGGGUGCUGUGAUGUUUUUAAAAAAUGAUUUUUCUAACAGAGCCAAAUGGUGCUGAGUGCAACAGUUUGAAUAAUUUUUUGAGCAUUUUUAUAAAAAAUAAAGUUUUCUCUUUCUUUUCCUUUUUUUUUUUUUCUAUUUGAACUGCAAAGCAUGGACAGCAGCGGUGCCCCAGGCCUCUUCCUGUUUUGCCUUACCUUCCUGCCAGGGAGCCACUGUGUGCACCGCUGUGUCGAUACAAUUUUGCGAGAAGAAAUGAUCAGACAGAACAAACGAGUGCCUGUAGAAACGCCGACAGACGACCGAGCUCGCCCACCAAUCAGCUGCCACACAGGAGUUUUUAAUUCAACAGAAGUUUUUAUCGGGUUUAUUUCUGCUGUCAGAGGACUGUGAGGGGAGAAAACAGCAAUGACAGAAUAAAAUCACAUCAGCUGGCUGCCAA